CUCCUCCGACUCUAGAUUCUUCUCAAGGAACGGGAGAUCUCAGUCAAGAUGCCUUCAGAAGCUGGACACCGCCUCUAUGUCAAGGGCCGUCAUCUGAGCUACCAACGUGGAAAGCGCAACACGAACCCAGGCACGAGCUUGAUCCAGAUUGAGGGUGUUGAGAAUACCGAAGCAGCAAACUUCUAUCUAGGAAAGAAGGUUGCUUUCGUCUACCGUGCGCAAAGAGAGGUUAGAGGAUCAAAGAUCAGGGUCAUUUGGGGCAAGAUCACCCGGCCACAUGGCAACUCCGGUGUAGUACGAGCACAGUUCAGACGCAACCUUCCUCCCAAGUCCUUCGGCGCAUCGGUUAGAGUUAUGUUGUACCCAUCUUCGAUAUAGGGAGAGGGUUCGGAGUUGGUUGCAUGGAAAUGAUGGUGGUUGAUGAAUGCCUCAAUUCGGUCACUGGGUCUGGGCAGCGAUGAGUGCAUAGCCUUGCUGGUAGUCUUCGAAUAAAGCAAAUACCAAUCAAAUCGAAGUCUGGACCGUGAAAUCGACAAGUCUGAAGGAGGCAAGAAUAUGUUGUCUGCUCUUAAAAGUGAUAUAUAGCCGCACGGAGGUUUUGAUGACGAAUGGUUGGCAAUCGGUUGUCGGGUGCCUCCAAAUAGUUCGUUACUUGAUCUCCAGAGCAGAUCUACUUACAAGUUUUGCCCCUUCUUUUAUGCGCUCCGUGUGCCUAUAUUAUUCAACAUGAUAGCAGAGACAUCUUGGACCACAUUACGCUGCAACCAGAUUCUCCCAUCAAUAAACUCUUCGUCG